CGGCUGUACCCACAUCAAACGUGCGUCUGGAGCUUGGCCGACUUCAACAGCAUCCGUGCCCCUAGGCGUGCGGAGCUGUGUGUUGCAGAGGGGUUAUUAUGUCCACCCCAGGCGCCGAAGAUGCAUCUCCCUCGCCGGAAUACAGCGGUGAUCAAGACGGUAGCGACAUGGCCGAAGAAAGGGCAGAAGCGCAAGCCGACGAUGCUGAGCAGUCCAGAAAAGCUACAACCGGCCAGAAGCCUUCCGCCGCCAAUGCCAAAGACCCCUUCAGACCGCGCAGAAAGAAAGCGAGGAGGGCAUGCUUAGCUUGUCAGAGGGCUCAUCUCACUUGUAGCGACGAGCGCCCUUGUGGAAGAUGUAUCGAUCGUGGCCUUUCAGAUACUUGCGUCGACGGCGUGCGCAAGAAGGCCAAGUACCUUCAUGAUGCGCCGGAUGCUGCGCUUCAACCUCCGCAAUUGCGCGGGAAUUAUCCUCAACUCAAUGGAAACCCCCCUAAUGGCUUACCAGUCCACGACCUAGGGAAUGUGUCUCUUCAAAGACAGACCGGCUUCUUCAAUCAACCCUCACCCACUAGCUUCUAUGCGCGGAACCCGAGCCAGGCGCCGGGUCCAGUGUCUGCCCAGGAUGCGUCGCCCGUUGGGCAAUUCAGCAAUGCGCCCCCUCCGAUAUCUCCUCCGUUCAAUCAGAACCAACAGACUCCCGUUGCGAACAUUCCCAGCACCGUCUCCCAAGGAGCGCCGAACGCCAUGCAACAGUUUGGAGGACCUUUGUUCGACCCCAGUGAUCCUGCGCUGUUCAACUUCGAUAUAUCCAGCCUGAACUUCGGAAACCACUAUGGUGCCAUGGAGAUGGGUAUGCUCGGCCAUAUGUCGUCUGGCGUUGCCGACGUCGUGGGUGAUAAGAACAUCAUGACCGCCAUGAAUCAGGCCGGCAUGUAUAAUCAACAAAUGCCAUUCGGCGAUGCCGUUAUGGGGGCUGCGGUCGCAUAUGAUGGGAACAGCAUUGAAUGGCAGAACGCCCAGUCCAGACACGGUAGUAUACAGCAGAUCCAGACACCGAACAACACUCCGAUCAGCGCGAAUCUCGAUCACAUGGCGCAUCGACAUGAUAGCCUGCACGGCCACGCUUUUGCCAUUGGGCAAGGUCCGGCCAGUCUAUCUAGCGCAAGUCCGGCAUCGACCGAUGUCAACGCCGCGUAUGAAACGGACAAUACCAUGGCCGGAACUAACUUCUACCAAAAUCCAGGACAGCAUCAAGUUCACCAGCCGUCGGCCAGGGCGAGCCGGAUGCCACAGCAAGAAAAUCGCGGUCCGGGAACCGCGCUGCAGCCCCUCCAUCCGAACGUGAUUCGCAAGCGACGCCGCGACACAAAGUGGAUCUAUGAAGGCAUAAAGGAGCCGUACGACUAUGUCGGUGCUUUUCACCGUCUACGCGCACUCAUCGAGCGGCGUUACCCGAAAUCUUCAGUCGAGAAAAUCCGGAAGUCCAUGGCCAAAUACCGCCCUGCCCUCAUCACACAGGCUGGAGGCUUGCAGCGCGAAGACUUGAUCUACCAGGAGAUUGCGCUGCAGCUUUCGCUCAGCCAGAUUGAUGAGUCCUUUUCGGAGGUUGGCGUGCCAUCGGUGGUGUGCAGACGUUCUGGUGAAGUGGUUUGGAUGAACAAGGAGUUCAGCAUUCUUACGGGAUGGGAGCGCGACGUGCUCUUGGGCAGACAACCCAAUCUGAACGUCAAUACUGGUGUAAUGGGCGACCCCAACUCUACCGUGACCACGGGCACAACAACCACGCCCGUCAUCGCUCCCAGCUCCAAUGGACAAGGCGGCAACUAUCCCGUGCUGAUAGUGGAGCUGAUGGAUGAGCGCUCGGCGGUCGAGUACCUCGACGACUUUGCCGAGGCAGCGUUUAUGAAUUCCCGCGGCACCCCGAGGCGCAGAGUGAACUUCUUGCGAUACAUGACCAAGGAGGAGGUCGUCCGAAGUGAGCAAGACGCCCAGACUGGAACAACCAAUCGCAAGCACAACCUGAAGUCGGAUUCGCCGCUGAUCAAGCUGGACGGUGGGGCCGUGCCGCAGGGGGAGACGGCAAUGAGCCGGCUCAGCAAGAAUGGCCUUGUCGACUGUAUGAUACAAUGGCAUGUGAAGAGGGAUAAUUUCGACAUGCCCAUGCUUGUUUGCAUGCAUGUAAUGCCCGUGCUGGACUCACAGCCUGUGAGGAGCUUUGCAGACCGAUAGGAGGUGCGGUCGUCUAUGUCCCUGCAAUCCUGUUACGCGUGCGAAAGAA